AUGGCUACACAAGAUGUACCCAAGACCUGCAAGGUCAUAUUAGCGGAUACAAUCGCUAAAGGCCUCCUAGCUGAGGUCAAGGAUACGCUGAAAUCCAUCCAAAAAGACGCUGAACAGCAACCAACUUUAGUGGCUUUCUUAGCCAACGAUGACCCUGCAGCAGUCAAAUACGCCGAAUGGUCCAAGAAGACUUGCGAAGAGAACGGAUUUACGUUCGAUUUGCGCCAAGUAGACAAGGAUAAACUCGAAGAGGAAAUCGUGAGUGCCAAUGAAGAUAACAAAGUCGACGGCAUUAUCGUCUACUACCCUAUCUUCCCUGGGAACCCAGCCCAUGAUCGAUAUGUCCAGGAGACUGUUUCACUCUCCAAGGAUGUUGAAGGACUCUGCCACAAACAUAUUUACAACAUGUACCACAAUGUCAGGUUCCUGGAUCCACCACACAACCUGAAGAAAUCCAUUCUUCCUUGCACCCCACUAGCCGUGGUGAAGAUCUUGGAAUACCUUCAAAUCUACAACUCUAUUUUACCCUAUGGAAACCGACUUUUCGGGAGGACCAUCACGGUGAUUAACCGAUCGGAGGUUAACGGCCGGCCAUUGGCUGCUCUCCUAGCUAAUGAUGGCGCUACGGUGUAUUCAGUUGACUUAACCGGAGUUCAAGUCUUUACUCGAGGCCAAGGCAUCAAACAACCACGACACCAAGUCCAAGACAAGGAGGGCUGGACUCUAGAACAAUGUAUACCAAUAAGCGAUGUCAUCAUCGGUGGCGUACCCGCGGAGAAAUACAAGGUGCCGACUGAGCUUAUACGAGAUGGAACCGUUUGCAUCAACUUCUCUUCAUAUCGAAACUUCGACGGGCCGGCCGUUAAAGAAAAGGCGUCAAUUUACGUACCUUCAGUUGGUAAAGUCACAAUUGCUGUGCUACUAAGAAACCUAGUGCGCUUGAUCGCAAACAGGCCGUCCACUAACCAAGAUGGUUCAACUGACGAGGGCACAUUGAAAGCCAAGAGUGAGGCAUUUGUAGAUGGUUGA